GUUCACGGCGGCGCCAUUUUGCUUGCGGUCAACACGCGUUUUCCUAUAUAGUUUUCGGACGGUAGUUUUUAAAAUAGUUUUUAUUAGUUAUGUCAAACGAGGAAACGUCCGCCGACCGAAACGUCGAAAUAUGGAAGAUAAAGAAGUUAAUAAAGAGCUUGGAAUUGGCGAGAGGGAAUGGGACAAGUAUGAUCUCUCUAAUUAUCCCGCCGAAAGAUCAAAUAUCGCGUGUCAGUAAAAUGCUGGCUGAUGAAUUUGGUACCGCCUCUAAUAUCAAGUCUCGGGUCAAUAGGCUUUCUGUCUUAGGUGCUAUUACUUCUGUACAACACCGGCUGAAAUUAUACACUAAAGUACCUCCAAACGGUUUGGUAAUCUAUUGCGGAACAAUCGUAACAGAUGAAGGCAAAGAAAAAAAAGUAAACAUCGAUUUCGAACCCUUUAAACCCAUAAACACCUCUCUAUACCUUUGCGACAACAAAUUCCACACGGAAGCCCUGACUGCCCUCUUGGCCGACGACAACAAAUUCGGUUUUAUCGUCAUGGACGGUAACGGAGCCCUUUUCGGUACGCUUCAAGGCAACACGCGCGAAGUUCUGCACAAAUUCACUGUCGAUCUACCGAAGAAGCACGGCAGGGGAGGUCAAUCCGCGCUGCGUUUCGCCCGUUUACGUAUGGAAAAACGACACAAUUACGUUCGAAAAGUAGCGGAAGUUGCCACACAACUCUUUAUCAGCAACGAUAAACCGAAUAUUGCCGGGUUAAUUUUAGCCGGUAGUGCUGAUUUUAAAACGGAAUUGAGUCAAUCUGAUAUGUUUGAUCCGAGACUUCAAGCAAAAGUGAUAAAAUUGGUCGAUGUAUCCUAUGGCGGUGAAAACGGGUUUAAUCAAGCGAUAGAAUUAGCGGCGGAAUCGCUUCAAAACGUUAAAUUUAUACAGGAGAAGAAGUUAAUUGGGAGAUAUUUUGAUGAAAUUAGUCAAGAUACGGGGAAGUAUUGUUUUGGUGUUGAAGAUACGCUAAAAGGUUUGGAAUUGGGUUCAGUUGAAACGCUGAUUUGUUGGGAGAACUUGGAUAUUCAAAGGUACGUCUUGAAAAAUCACACGGCUGGAACGGAAACUGUGUUACAUCUAACGCCGGAGCAAGAAAAGGAUAAAUCGCAUUUCACCGACAAAGAUAGCGGCGUUGAAUUGGAAUUGGUCGAAUGUCAGCCUUUACUUGAAUGGUUGGCGAACAACUAUAAAAACUUUGGUGCUACCCUCGAAAUAAUAACGGAUAAAUCGCAGGAAGGAUCGCAAUUUGUUCGGGGUUUCGGUGGAAUCGGAGGAUUAUUAAGAUACAAAGUGGAUUUCCAAAGUAUGCAAUUAGAUGAACUGGACAAUGGCGACGAUUUUGACUUAGACGAUUAUUAAGAAGCGUUCAACAACAAUAAAAAUAAAAUAAUUAAAAAAAUAAAAACAGGAAAAAAGGCGAGAAAAACUAUUAACUAAGAUACAUAGAAAAAAAAAUAAAAUAAAAUACGUGCCCACGCAGUUCCGACAUUAAAGUUCUCUAUUAAAAGCAAAUUUACAAACCUUACUUAAAUUAAUAAAAAAAAAAAAACAACUCAAAAAUUUAAAAGAAACGAUUAAAAAAAGGAAAAGAAAAAUUGGAGUAUUUUUGUUAAUAUACAAAGAUAGAAAGAAUUUAAUUAAAAAAGAGUAACAUGAUGUGCGGACGGGGAAGGGCAAAGGACUACUUAAAUUUUAAAUUUAAAUUAAAAAAAAAUAAUAAUGAAAAUGAAAAAACCGCGAGGUGCCGGACUCCAAAAGUGCAGUGUUCCCUUUUCCUUUCGUUUAUUUUUUUUUAAUCUUGUAUUUUUGCUCACACUAGAAGAGAAAAAAGUGAUUAGUUGAUGUAAAAAAUGUAAAAGUUGCGAUGCAAAAAAAAGAAAUAAUUUACACAAAAUUGAGUUUCUUGGUUAUUUGAAACAAUAAUGUUCUAAAAUUUUUUUUAUUGAAACUUAAUCUCAAAUAAAAAUUACAGUAGUGACCUGAGACGCUAAAAAACGAAACUGAAAAAA